GUUCUUUCUGUAAUGUUUUAUGGUCGGCCAGGGCAAGACGGCCGCCCAAACCAAGGGAAUAGUUAUGGUUGCCCAAGUUUUCAGUAGCCCGGAGUGUUGUUGUGGGAACAGGCUGCUAGCUAGCUGAUAAUAUUUUAGGACUAAUGUAGAAAAGAAGGAGCAGAUUGCAGAUUAUCUCAAUUUGUUGUCAAACUUCCACAAUGACACAAGCUGAAAGAGAACAAGAAAACGGCAAAGAGAAGGAGAAGGAAAGAGAGAAGGAGAAAGAAAAGGAACAGCGUGGCGUUAAAAGACCAAUCGCUCCACCGGUUAUCCCGGAACCUCUUCAAGAACAAAUUCAGAGCAACUUCAUUGUGGUGAUACACCCUGGGUCCAGAACACUGAGAAUAGGUAGAGCAACCGAUACUCUUCCUGCCGCUGUCCCACAUGUGAUAGCCCGCAGACAUAAACAAACAGGACAGCCCCGAAGUGAGGAUGCGUGGCUGGUGAGAGAGGGCCUGAAUAACCCGGAGAGCAACGAACAAAGGCAGAAUGGUCUCAAAAUGGUUGACCAGGCGAUCUGGUCAAAGAAGAUGUCCAACGGGGUACGACGGACGCCAGUAUCUGCGGAACAGGCCAGGUCUUACAACAGACAGAUUCGACCAGCAGUUCUGGACAGCAGCUCCCGGGUGAAGUGGACCAACACAUCCUACCACCCGGAGCUCUUGGUGGGAGAGGAGGCGCUGUAUGUGAAUCCCACUGACUGUUACGACGUGCACUGGCCCAUCAGCCGGGGGCAGCUCAACGUGCACAGUGGUGCGGCGGGUUCUCUGACUGCUGUCCUGGCCGACCUAGAGGCCAUCUGGAGCCAAGUCAUCCAGAAACAACUGGAAAUCCCCCUGAAAGAUCUCAAGUAUUACAGGUGUAUCCUUUUAGUCCCUGACAUCUAUAACAGACAACACGUAAAGGAACUGGUCAGCAUGCUGCUGCUCAACAUGGGCUUCUCAGCGAUCAUAGUCCACCAGGAGUCGGUGUGUGCCACCUUCGGCAGUGGCCUGAGCAGUGCCUGCGUGGUGGACGUGGGGGACCAGAAAACCAGCCUGUGCUGCGUGGAGGACGGAGUGUCUCACCGCAACUCCAGGCUGUGUCUGGCAUACGGUGGCUCUGAUGUCACCCGUUGUUUCUUCUGGCUCCUGCAGAGGGCAGGCUUCCCCUACAGGGAGUGUCAGCUCUCAAGCAGAAUGGACUGUGUCCUUCUGCAACAGCUGAAGGAGACUUUUUGCCACCUGGACCAGGACAUCUCCGGACUACAAGACCAUGAGUUUCGUACACGUUUCCCAGAGUCCCCUGCUCUUCUGUACCAGGUUCGACUUGGGGAUGAGAAAUUGCAGGCCCCCAUGGCCUUGUUUUACCCCACCACGUUUGGGAUAGUGGCCCAGAAGAUGACCUCCCUGCAGCACCGGUCUCAAGGCGACCCAGAGGACCCACACGAUGAACACUACCUACUGGGAACACAGAGCAAACAGGACCAGUCAUCUAAAGCGUCUGCAGAGCGCAAGUCCCUUCCCAAGCCCCCGGGCUUCGAGGGGGAAUUGAGCAGUCAGGUCGGGGACCCCUCAGACCGUGGAGGUACUGCCCACGGCCAGGACGUGGAGCUGGGCCACUCCCAGAAUGACUGCCUAAUGGGGGGAGCGGAGAUGGAGGAGCCCCCUUCGGCCCUCCUCUUCAGGAAGACUGCCAUGACGCAGUUUGAGGGCAAAGCGCUCGGCUUGGACAAAGCCAUUCUGCACAGCAUUGACUGCUGUGCGUCUGAUGAGACCAAGAGGAAGAUGUACAGCUCCAUCCUGGUGGUAGGAGGUGGGUUGCUGUUCCACAGGGCCCAGGAGUUCCUACAGCACCGCAUCCUCAACAAGAUGCCCCCCUCCUUCCGCAGGGUGGUGGAAAGCGUGGAGGUCAUCACACGACCUAAGGACAUGGACCCUCGUCUGAUCUCUUGGAAGGGUGGAGCGGUGUUGGCCUGCCUGGACACCACUCAGGAGAUGUGGAUUCACCAGAGGGAGUGGCAGCGUUUCGGAGUGCGCAUGCUCAGGGAGAGAGCUGCGUUCGUCUGGUGAUCCCCACCCCCCAGAAACAAGGAAGCAGAAAAUGUAACCCAUUGCCUUGGACACUCUUGGAGCUGUUAUCUACUGUAAAUAGACAUGUACAGUGUUUGUCUUUCUGGCAGUUUUGUUGAGGUGGAUUAAAUUUGUUGUUUAUUCUGU